CAGAGAUACCAAACAAGCCAUGGCCCAUUCCUUGAGUUUUGAAGUACCCAUCUCAUUCCAUAGAGAAAUCUCCGCCACUCAUCAUCAUCAUCUGAAAAGGCCCACCUCUUCACCAUCAUCAUCUGCUUCUUUUCCCCAUCUCACCACCAAACACACCCACAUGAGAAAAACCCACAGAAUCAAACCAACAAGGCCACUCUCUGACUUAUCUUCCCAAUAUCCACGAGCAAGUAACAUCAGCACCACCCAAGUGGAAGAACAAGCUGAGGUUGAAAUAGCAGAAGGGUACACCAUGACCAAAUUCUGCGAUAAGAUGAUUGAUGUUUUCAUGAAUGAGAAACCCCGAACAAAGGAUUGGAGGAAGCUUCUCGUGUUCAGGAAUGAAUGGAACAAGUACAAAGAGAAUUUCUACAAUCGAUGUCAAACACGUGCAGAUGCUGAGAAUGAUUCAAUUCGAAAGCAGGAGUUCAUCAGAUUCGCGAGAAAAGUUAAGAAGAUUGAUGAUGAAAUCGAAAGGCACACGGAUCUUCUCAAAGAGAUUCAGGAGAACCCAACCGACAUCAAUGCAGUUGUAGCAAGGCGUCGUGAUGACUUCACGGGGGAAUUUUUCCGUCACCUUAACGUACUUUCAGAGACCUAUGACAGCCUGGAGGAUCGCGAUGCAAUGGCCAGGCUCGGAGCUAAAUGCUUGUCUGCAGUCUCCGCAUACGAUAACGCAGUGGAAAAUGUAGAGAUGUUAGACGUUGCUCAAUCCAAGUUCGAUGAUAUCCUGAACUCUCCUUCACUAGACACAGCAUGUGAAAAGAUAAAAAGCUUGGCUAAGGCGAAGGAGCUCGAUUCAUCAUUGAUUCUAUUGAUAAACAAAGCUUGGGCGUCAGCGAAGGAGUCCACGACAAUGAAGAACGAGGUCAAGGACAUAAUGUACCACUUGUAUAGAACUACCAAGAGCUGCCUUAGGAGCAUCGCACCGAAAGAGAUCAAGCUUCUCAAGUAUCUAUUGAACAUCACAGAUCCUGAAGAGCGCUUCUCGGCGCUGGCCACUGCUUUUUCUCCAGGAGACGAACGUGAAGCCAAGGAUGUUGAUGUUCUAUACACUACACCUCAGGAACUACACAAGUGGAUUAAGAUAAUGCUCGAGGCCUAUCAUAUAAACAAAGAAGAAACCAACUUGAGGGAAGCCAGGCAAUUGAGUCAUCCCAUGGUUAUCCAAAGACUUUUCAUCCUCAAGGAAACAAUCGAGGAGGAGUAUAUGAAGCAGCGGACAGAAAAAGGAGGCCCAGAAACAAAAGAGGCCGACGAAGCUAUUAGCCUUUGAUUGCACCAUAGAAGAAACCACAUGGUGAUGCUCUACCCACUGAAAUGCAUGUGGCCAUCUUGAGCUCUACUGGCAUGUGCUGAUGCCUAACCCGAGAUUGCUAGAAGGUUUUGAUAGUGCUUUUCAAGCAAUGCACUUUGGCCCGCCAACAAAUCAGAUGAGGUUUGAUGAUAUCAUUGGGAGAAAAGGAGAUGAAUGACCACAAGCAAGAUGCACCGUCAGUGGCACGUUGAGAUUAGGAUGUUGCUUAACAACAUACAAAAUUAGAGGUGUUGUUGGGAAGUUUGUGAAAUGGUAUGUUGUACUCCUUUUCAGGCCAAACAUAAAAUAUAAGUAUGUAAAAGGCAACUUGCAGGAGUUCCUUGAAUUGUAUUGUGUGGGAUCACCCUUUGUGCGGCCCAUCUUCAGCAGCCAGAUGGAUGGAUGGUUGUCAGAGAAUCGAGUGGGACCCACUUUGAGCUGUAAUUUAGACUGCAAAGAUUAAGAGUCCACCUCUCAUGUUCAACAAUGAAAAGUAAAUUAGCUAUAGA